ACUGCACCUGUCAUUCUUGUCAAAUAGGUUGCGAGAAGAGGAGUUUACAAAGAUUUCGACUGUUCUUUUCAUUUAUUGAUUAUUGAACCAUAUCAUCAAAGCUCCUAGAACACCAUGGGAGACUCCCUUGACGGGACUGAAAAUACUGCAGAAACCCAAAAUGUGGUUGUUGUUGAUUUUCAAGACUUUGCUAAUUACUUGCGAAGAGCCGCAACGGUACUUUUGCCUGAGGAUGACAUCGUUCCUCCGGCUCUUAACACAGCCCUCGAGGAUAAAGUGAACCAAGACUGCAUUAGAAAGUUUAUUGCUGAUCCUCAAGUUUCUUCGCUCUACGUCCAACGAUUUUCAUCAAAAGAAGAUGACAGUGAACAACCAACUGAGGGUGAAGAAGAGAAAGAAGCUGUUACAUACCAAAUCAGCAAUGAGGUUCAUUUUACAUCCCCACGAGUGGCUGCCCUUGUCUGUACAAAACGAGGAGCAGUUAUUGAAGCUGAUAAGUCCAUCCAUAGUCAACUUCGAUUAAUCAACUUCUCUGAUGGAUCUCCUUAUGAAACCCUGCAUGCUUUUAUCAGCAAAACAAUGGCUCCAUUUUUCAAGAGCUAUGUUAAAGAAAGUGGAAGAGCUGACCGAGAUGGUGAUAAAAUGGCUCCAUCAGUUGAGAAGAAAAUAGCUGAACUGGAAAUGGGUCUUCUUCAUCUCCAACAGAACAUUGAUAUUCCUGAAAUUACUCUACCCAUCCAUCCAGUUGUGGCAGCAGUCAUAAAAAGGGCUGCUGAUGAAGGAAGGAAAGCCCGAGUUGCGGACUUUGGUGACAAAGUUGAAGAUUCUACUUUUUUAAAUCAACUUCAGUUUGGUGUUAAUCGUUGGAUUAAAGAAAUUCAAAAGGUGACCAAAUUGGAUCGAGAUCCUUCAAAUGGUACUGCACUUCAAGAAAUCUCUUUCUGGUUGAAUCUUGAAAGAGCUCUCCAUCGCAUUCAAGAAAAACGAGAAAGUCUUGAAGUGGCACUAACUCUCGAGAUCCUGAAAUAUGGUAAACGUUUCCAUGCAACUGUCUCAUUCGAUACAGACACAGGCCUGAAGCAAGCUCUUGCAACUGUAUCUGAUUACAAUCCAUUGAUGAAAGAUUUCCCCAUCAAUGACCUUUUGAGUGCUACUGAACUUGACAGAAUAAGGUUGGCAGUCCAACAAAUAUUCUCUCAUCUACGUAAAAUACGUUCUACUAAGUAUCCAAUCCAGCGUGGUCUAAGACUUGUUGAAGCAAUUUCUCGUGAUCUCGGGCAACAGCUAUUAAAGGUGCUUGGUACUCGUCGUCUGAUGCACAUUCCAUUUGAAGACUUCGAACGCGUCAUGACUCAAUGUUUUGAAGUAUUUUCGUGUUGGGAUGAUGAGUACGAGAAGCUUCAAGGUCUUCUUCGUGACAUCGUGAAGAAGAAACGCGAUGAACAUUUGAAGAUGGUAUGGCGCGUUUCUCCGUCACAUAAGCGACUGCAGGCGCGCAUGGAACACAUGCGGCGCUUCCGGAGACAUCACGAGCAACUGCGCACUGUCAUGCUAAGAGUUCUGCGUCCACGCGCUGUAGUGACUGCAGAGACGGGUGCUUCAGGCGAACCCGCGCAGCCUCACUCUCUGCCCAUGGAUGCUGCUGAUGCUAACGCCAUUGCCGAGGUGAACCUCGCAUAUGAGAAUGUGAAAGAAGUCGAUUGCUUAGAUAUCACCCGCGAAGGUUGCGACGCUUGGGAAGCUGCCGUGGGACGCUAUGAAGACAGAAUCGACCGCGUCGAGACUCGCAUCACGGCCCACCUCCGCGACCAGCUGGGAACAGCUAAGAACGCAAACGAAAUGUUUCGUAUAUUCUCUCGCUUCAACGCGUUGUUCGUGCGCCCGCACAUCCGCGGCGCCAUCCGCGAGUACCAGACGCAGCUUAUACAGCGGGUCAAAGACGAUAUUGAGGCCUUACAUGAGAAGUUUAAAGUACAAUAUCCACAAUCGAAGUGCAGUAGUAUUUCGACGGUACGAGAUCUGCCUCCCGUCGCCGGCUCCAUCAUUUGGGCGAAGCAGAUUGAUCACCAGCUCACUGCUUAUUUAAAAAGAGUUGAAGAUGUUCUUGGUAAAGGCUGGGAAAAUCAUAUUGAAGGGCAGAAGUUGAAGGCAGACGGUGACAGUUUCCGACUGAAAUUAGAUACUCAAGAAGUAUUCGACGAUUGGGCUCGUAAGGUUCAACAACGUAACCUGGGUGUAUCGGGACGAAUCUUCGCGAUCGACUCAGUGCGUGCCCGGUCCAGCAAGACUGGCACAAUCCUCAAACUGAAAGUUAACUUUCUGCCGGAAAUCAUCACUCUAUACAAGGAAGUGCGUAAUUUAAAGAACCUAGGGUUCAGAGUGCCGUUAGCCAUUGUGAACAAGGCUCAUCAAGCUAAUCAACUGUACCCGUUCGCCAUUUCAUUGAUUGAAAGUGUACGCACUUACGAGCGCACUCUCGAAAAGAUUCGUGAUAAGGCAUCCAUCAUCCCGCUGGUGGCUGGUCUGAGGCGCGACGUUCUCAACCAGGUGUCCGAAGGCAUGGCUCUCGUAUGGGAAUCCUACAAACUUGAUCCAUAUGUACAGAAAUUGAGUGAAGUCGUGCUACUAUUCCAAGAGAAAGUUGAAGAUUUACUUGCGGUCGAAGAACAAAUCUCGGUGGAUGUGAGAUCGCUCGAGACCUGCCCAUACUCGGCUCAAAGCCUGGCCGACAUUUUGAGUCGCCUGCAGCGCGCCAUCGACGAUCUGUCCUUGAGGCAGUACAGCAACUUGCAUCUAUGGGUGCAACGCUUAGACGAAGAGGUUGAAAAGAGUCUCGCAGCCCGUCUGCAGGCCGGUGUCGAAGCCUGGACUGGCGCCUUGCUAGGGAAGAGCCAUGAGCUUGACCUAUCGAUGGAUACUUAUUCUCCUGCUGAACCUACCCACAAACCCGGAGGCGAACCCCAGAUCGCCCGCGUGGUCCACGAGGUGCGCAUUACGAAUCAACAAAUGUAUUUAUUCCCGUCUUUGGAAGAAGCUCGCUUCCAACUGAUGAGGCAGAUGUUUGCGUGGCAGGCCAUCGUCACCAGCCUGCACAGACUGCAGAGCACCAGGUACCAAGUUGGAGUUGCUCGAGCUCAAACAGCCACCUACAGGAACCUACUGACCAAGCUUCCUGGAGGAUCCGCACCCCUCGAAAAAGCUUACGAUGCGAUUGAAAAGAAGAUAUUUGAAGUUCGCGAAUACGUCGACGAAUGGCUGCGUUAUCAAGCCCUUUGGGACUUACAACCGGAAAGCUUGUAUGGACGUCUCGGGGAAGAUAUCACUUUGUGGAUUAAGUGUUUGAAUGACAUCAAGAAAUCUCGUACCACGUUCGACACAUCCGACACUCGGCGUGAAUACGGGCCGGUGGUUAUCGACUUCGCCCGCGUGCAGAGCAAGGUGGCUCUCAAGUACGACGCCUGGCACAAGGAGGUGCUCGGCAAGUUCGGGGCACUGCUCGGCGGGGAAAUGGUCCAGUUCCACUCCAAACUCUCCAAGUCGCGUAGCCAACUAGAACAACAGACUAUCGAAGCGGCAUCUACUAGUGACGCAGUGUCUCUCAUUACCUACGUGCAACAGUUGAAGAGAGAAGUCUUGGCUUGGGAAAAGCAAGUCGAUAUUUACAGGGAAGCCCAACGUAUUCUAGAACGGCAACGAUUCCAAUUCCCAGCUCAAUGGCUCCACGUCGACAAUAUCGAUGGAGAAUGGAGUGCAUUCAAUGAGAUAAUGCGUAGAAAGGAUUCUUCUAUACAGACCCAGGUUGCAUCACUACAACAAAAGAUCGUAGCUGAAGACAAAGCUGUUGAAACCCGCACUCUGGAGUUCCUCACCGAAUGGGAACGCAAUAAGCCGACAGACGGAUCCACCCGGCCUGAAGAUGCGCUGUCGAGACUACAGGCUAUGGAAACUAGGUACACCAGGCUGAAGGACGAAAGAGAUAAUGUCGCUAAAGCUAAAGAAGCUCUGGAGCUGCACGAUACUGGAAGCUCGAUUAAUAACGAACGCAUGACGGUCGUACUUGAGGAACUGCAAGAUCUACGAGGCGUGUGGUCAUCGCUCAGCAAAAUCUGGACACAAAUUGAUGAUAUCAGAGAGAAACCUUGGCUUUCCGUACAGCCCAGAAAACUCAGGCAACAGCUGGAGGCUAUGCUGAAUGAGCUGAAAGAACUGCCAGCUCGUCUGCGUAUGUACGACAGCUAUGAAUUCGUUCGGAAAUUACUUCAGUCUUAUACCAAGGUCAACAUGUUAAUUGUGGAAUUAAAAUCGGAUGCUCUUAAAGAACGUCAUUGGCGUCAACUGUGCCGAGCUCUCAAAGUGGAUUGGUCUUUAUCCGAACUGACUCUAGGACAAGUGUGGGAUGCUGAUCUUCUCCACAACGAACAUACAGUUAAAGAUGUCGUUCUUGUCGCUCAAGGAGAAAUGGCACUUGAAGAAUUCUUGAAACAGGUCCGUGAGUCGUGGCAGAGCUACGAGUUAGAUCUGAUUAACUAUCAGAAUAAAUGCAAGAUUAUUCGUGGAUGGGAUGAUCUCUUUAACAAAGUAAAGGAGCACAUCAACAGUGUUGCUGCAAUGAAACUUUCUCCCUAUUAUAAGGUGUUUGAAGAAGAAGCUCUUACUUGGGAGGAGAAACUAAAUCGUAUUAACGCUCUAUUUGACGUAUGGAUCGACGUACAACGGCGAUGGGUGUAUCUGGAAGGUAUCUUCAGUGGAUCUGCUGACAUCAAGACUUUGCUACCCGUUGAAACAAGUCGUUUCCAGAGCAUUAGCUCCGAAUUCCUUGGCUUGAUGAAAAAAGUUUCCAAGUCUCCCAUGGUCAUGGACGUGUUGAAUAUUCCUGGUGUUCAAAGAUCUUUAGAACGUUUGGCUGAUUUAUUGGGAAAAAUACAAAAGGCGCUCGGUGAAUAUCUGGAGCGGGAGAGAAGCAGCUUUCCUCGAUUCUAUUUCGUGGGUGAUGAAGAUCUCCUCGAGAUCAUUGGUAACAGCAAGAACAUAGCGCGUCUACAGAAACACUUUAAGAAAAUGUUUGCUGGGGUUUCAGCUAUUAUUCUAAACGAAGACAAUACCAUCAUCAACGGAAUCGCUUCAAGGGAAGGAGAAGAGGUUUACUUCACAGCCCCUGUUUCAACAAUAGAAAAUCCAAAAAUCAACUCAUGGUUGUCGAUGGUUGAGCGUGAAAUGCGAGUCACGUUAGCUUGCAGACUGAAGGACGCGGUUGGCGAUGUCAAACAAUUCAAAGACGGCAAUGUCGACCCUCUGAAGUUUAUCGAAUGGUGUGAUAAGUAUCAGGCUCAAAUAGUUGUGCUAGCGGCUCAGAUCCUCUGGUCCGAGGAUGUAGAGGCAGCGCUCGUUAAUGGGGGCGGAGAUGGAUUGAAACGCGUACUGGCUCAUGUUGAAAAUAUGCUGAACAUACUUGCUGACUCUGUUUUGCAAGAACAACCCCCGCUUAGAAGAAGGAAACUUGAACAUUUGAUCAACGAAUUCGUUCACAAGCGUACGGUGACUCGUCGUCUGAUCGCUUCGGGCGUGAACAGCCCGCGCUCGUUUGAUUGGCUGUACGAGAUGCGUUUCUAUUUCGAUCCAAGGAAUAACGACGUGCUGCAACAACUGACAAUACAUAUGGCCAACGCUAAAUUCCUGUAUGGCUUUGAAUAUUUGGGUGUUCAAGAUCGUCUAGUACAAACUCCGUUGACGGAUCGAUGCUAUCUCACCAUGACGCAAGCGCUGGAAGCUCGCCUGGGUGGAUCACCUUUUGGGCCGGCUGGUACCGGUAAAACGGAGUCUGUAAAAGCUUUGGGUAAUCAACUCGGUCGCUUCGUGUUGGUCUUCAACUGCGAUGAAACCUUCGACUUCCAGGCCAUGGGCCGUAUCUUCGUCGGUCUAUGCCAGGUCGGUGCCUGGGGUUGUUUCGACGAAUUCAAUCGUCUCGAAGAAAGAAUGCUGUCUGCUGUAUCUCAACAAGUUCAGACAAUCCAGGAGGCUCUCAAAAGCCACCAAGAAGGGGACAAUACUAGUAAAUCGAUUACAGUGGAGCUGGUAGGUAAACAAGUCCGCGUAUCGCAAGACAUGGCGAUCUUCAUUACCAUGAACCCUGGUUACGCUGGACGCUCAAACUUGCCCGAUAAUUUGAAGAAGCUAUUCCGAAGCUUGGCUAUGACGACCCCGGACAGGCAACUCAUCGCCGAAGUCAUGUUGUUCAGUCAGGGAUUCCGAACUGCUGAGAAGCUGGCCUGCAAAAUUGUACCAUUCUUUAAACUGUGUGAUGAACAACUGUCGAACCAAUCUCACUACGAUUUCGGUUUGCGAGCACUCAAGUCAGUGCUUGUAUCUGCUGGUAAUGUGAAACGUGAUCGCAUACAGAAGAUAAAGGAGACAUUAGCUGAACGAGGACAAGAAGUGCCCGACGAAGCAUCUAUUGCAGAAUCGCUGCCCGAACAAGAUAUUCUAAUUCAAUCUGUCUGCGAGACAAUGGUCCCGAAACUGGUAGCAGAGGAUAUUCCAUUGCUUUUCUCACUGCUUAACGACGUAUUCCCAAAUGUGGGGUACACUAGAGCCGAAAUGACUGGUUUGAAGAACGAAAUUCGGGCAGUUUGCGCUGAAGAAUUUUUGGUUUGUGGUGAAGCUGACGAACAAGGCUCCACUUGGAUGGACAAGAGGCGCAGCGAAUCGUCGCGAGCGCUUCUCAGCACGUGGAUCGACAAGGUACUGCAACUAUACCAAAUCUGCAAGCUAAAUCAUGGCUUGAUGAUGGUCGGGCCAUCGGGCAGCGGUAAAUCUACCGCAUGGCGGGUACUACUUAAAGCUUUGGAGAGAUUUGAAGGCGUUGAAGGUGUUGCCCACGUGAUCGAUCCAAAAGCGAUGUCAAAGGAAACUUUAUAUGGUGUUCUCGAUCCAAACACACGUGAAUGGACUGAUGGUCUCUUCACACAUAUAUUAAGGAAAAUAAUUGAUAACGUACGAGGUGAGAUCAACAAACGCCAAUGGAUUAUAUUCGACGGUGACGUCGAUCCCGAGUGGGUCGAGAACUUGAACUCUGUACUGGACGACAACAAGCUCCUCACUCUGCCAAACGGUGAACGUCUAUCGCUGCCUCCGAAUGUCAGAAUCAUGUUUGAGGUACAAGACUUGAAAUACGCAACGCUUGCUACAGUGUCUCGUUGCGGUAUGGUUUGGUUCUCGCAAGACGUCCUUACAACUGAGAUGAUCUUCGAAAAUUAUCUGAUGAGAUUGAAAAAUAUUCCUUUGGAAGAUGGUGAGGAGGAUUCGUUCAGUAUUGUCAUGGCUGCACCUACACCCGGUAGUGAACAGAAUGUCACUGAAAAUAUCCUGUCACCCGCUUUACAAACGCAGCGUGACGUGGCGGCUAUACUACAACCACUUUUCUUUGGCGACGGUCUCGUGGUCAAAUGUCUCGAAAGAGCUGCAUCCCUCGAUCACAUAAUGGACUUCACUCGGCAUCGAGCUCUGUCUUCGCUGCACUCUAUGCUUAAUCGAGGUGUUAGGAAUAUACUGGGAUACAAUCGACAACAUCCGGACUUCCCCAUCACAAACGAGCAAUUAGAAGCCUACAUACCGAAAUGGCUGGUAUAUUCUUUACUAUGGUCAUUUGCUGGUGACGCGAAAUUGAAGGAUCGCAAUGAACUCGGUGAUUUCAUACGAUCAGCCAGCACAAUGCUGCUACCCAAUUGCGGACCCAAUCAACACAUUAUCGAUUUUGAGGUUAGCGUGACCGGAGAAUGGGUUCCGUGGUCCGCGAAAGUACCACAAAUCGAAGUUGAAACUCACAAAGUUGCUGCACCUGACGUUGUCGUUCCUACCUUGGACACAGUGCGUCACGAAGCCUUGCUUUAUACUUGGCUUGCCGAACAUAAACCUUUGGUUCUGUGCGGUCCCCCCGGCUCCGGGAAGACAAUGACCCUGUUCUCUGCGCUCCGAGCGCUGCCCGACAUGGAGGUGGUGGGGUUGAACUUCUCGUCCGCCACGACACCGGAGCUGCUGCUGAAAACAUUCGAUCACUACUGCGAGUACAGGAAGACUCCGAACGGCGUUGUGCUUGCUCCGGUGCAGCUCGGAAAAUGGUUGGUUUUGUUUUGUGAUGAAAUUAACUUACCUGACAUGGAUCAAUACGGUACCCAGCGAGUCAUUUCUUUCUUGCGUCAACUUCUUGAACACAAGGGCUUCUAUCGAGCAAGCGACCAUUCCUGGGUACAUCUGGAGCGCAUACAGUUCGUUGGAGCUUGCAAUCCGCCUACGGACCCUGGAAGAAAGCCACUCUCACAUCGUCUAUUAAGACACGUGCCCGUUAUUUACGUCGACUACCCCGGAGAAAUGUCCCUAGAACAGAUCUACGGCACGUUCACCCGCGCCAUGCUCCGUAUGCAGCCGGCCCUGCGCGGAUACGCUGAGCCGCUUACUCAAGCGAUGGUGAAAUUAUACCUCGCUUCUCAAGAACGAUUCACUCAGGAUAUGCAGCCGCACUAUGUGUAUUCCCCCCGUGAGAUGACCCGAUGGGUUAGAGGAAUAUGCGAAGCUAUAAGGCCUUUGGACAAUUUGACUGUAGAAGGUCUGGUAAGGCUGUGGGCGCACGAGGCUCUGCGGCUAUUCCAAGAUCGUUUGGUAGAUGAUGUUGAGAGACAAUGGACGGAUGAAAACAUCGAUACUGUAGCCAUGCGAUUCUUCCCCGGUAUCAAUAGAGAACAAGCUCUGGCCCGUCCAAUACUUUACAGUAAUUGGUUGAGCAAAGAUUAUGUGCCAGUCUUACGAGACCAACUUCGAGAAUACGUGAAAGCGAGAUUGAAGGUGUUCUAUGAAGAAGAAUUAGACGUUCCGUUAGUGUUGUUCGAUGAAGUCCUGGACCACGUACUGCGUAUCGAUCGUAUAUUCCGACAGCCGCAGGGACAUCUGCUACUCAUCGGAGUGUCCGGAGCGGGAAAGACAACUCUGAGUCGUUUCGUCGCUUGGAUGAACGGACUCAGCAUUUUCCAAAUCAAGGUUCACAACAAAUACACUGGUGCUGACUUCGACGAAGACCUUCGCUCGGUUCUUCGUCGCGCUGGAUGUAGAGACGAAAAAGUCGCCUUCAUAUUAGAUGAGUCUAACGUACUGGACAGCGGAUUCCUUGAAAGAAUGAACACGCUACUCGCUAAUGGAGAGGUGCCUGGGUUAUUUGAAGGUGAUGAAUUUUCCGCACUCAUGACCCAAUGUAAGGAAGGUGCCCAACGCGAGGGUUUGAUGCUAGAUUCGAAUGACGAGCUUUACAAAUGGUUCACGAGCCAGGUGAUGCGCAACUUGCACGUAGUGUUCACAAUGAACCCGUCCUCGGAGGGCUUGAAGGACCGAGCCGCGACAUCUCCUGCUCUGUUCAACCGAUGCGUGCUUAACUGGUUCGGAGACUGGAGCGACGGAGCUUUGUUCCAAGUGGGUAAAGAGUUCACGAGCCGCAUGGACCUGGAGUCUGCCGAGUACGUGCCGCCCGCGGAGUUCCCGGCGGCGUGCGGCGAGGUGGGCGCGGCGCCGGCGCACCGCGAGGCCGUGGUCAACGCCUGCGUGUACGUGCACCAGACGCUGCACCAGGCCAACGCCAGGCUCGCCAAGCGCGCCAACAGGACCAUGGCCAUCACGCCCAGGCAUUAUUUGGACUUUAUCCAACAAAUGGUUAAGCUUUACGCCGAAAAACGUGCCGACCUGGAGGAGCAGCAGCUUCACUUGAACGUGGGUCUCGGUAAGAUUGCCGAAACCGUCGAGCAGGUCGAGGAGAUGCAGAAGAGCUUAGCGGUCAAAUCUCAGGAACUGCAAGCCAAGAACGAGGCCGCCAAUGCGAAGUUGCGGCAAAUGGUGAAGGACCAACAGGAAGCUGAAAAGAAAAAGGUCGAGAGCCAGGAAAUUCAGGUCGCUUUGGAGAAACAAACCAAGGAGAUCGAGGCCAAGCGAAGGGACGUGAUGGCGGACCUCGCACAAGUGGAACCAGCCGUUAUCGAAGCGCAAAACGCGGUGAAAUCUAUAAAGAAGCAGCAUUUGGUCGAAGUGAGGUCUAUGGGCAACCCGCCGGCGAUAGUGAAGGUGGCCCUCGAAUCUAUUUGCCUGCUGCUGGGCGAGAACGCAACCGAUUGGAAGGCGAUCCGGGCGGUCAUCAUGCGGGAGAACUUCAUCAAUAGCAUCGUCUCCAAUUUCUCGACGGAGGACAUAACUGACGACGUACGUGAGAAAAUGAGGACCAGGUACCUCAGCAACCCCGAUUACAACUUCGAAAAAGUGAACCGUGCCAGUAUGGCAUGCGGUCCUAUGGUCAAAUGGGCGAUUGCUCAGAUUGAAUAUGCUGACAUGUUGAAACGGGUAGAGCCUCUGCGUAACGAGCUCCAAGCCCUCGAGGACCAGGCUCAGAGCAACGUCACGGCCGGCAACGAAGUGCGCGAACUUAUUGCUCAGCUGGAGAAAUCGAUCGCUUCGUACAAAGAAGAGUACGCUCAACUAAUCAGUCAAGCGCAGGCCAUCAAGACCGACCUCGAAAAUGUACAAGCUAAGGUGGACAGAUCUAUCGCUCUCCUGAAGAGCUUAGUGAUCGAACGUGAGCGUUGGGAGUCCAGCUCGGAGACGUUCCGUUCACAAAUGAGCACUAUCGUCGGCGACGUGCUCCUUUCAGCAGCUUUCAUCGCUUACGGAGGAUACUUCGAUCAACAUUAUCGUCAAAAUCUAUUUACGACAUGGACCAAUCACCUUGCGGCGGCCAACAUACGGUACAGAGCGGACAUAGCGCGCACGGAGUACCUCAGCAACCCCGACGAGAGACUGCGCUGGCAAGCUAACGCCCUGCCUACUGACGAACUAUGCGUUGAAAAUGCAAUUAUGCUCAGGCGCUUCAACCGCUACCCGCUGAUCAUAGAUCCGUCCGGACAAGCAACGGAAUUCAUAAUGCGCGAAUUCAAAGAACGUAAAAUCACUAAAACAUCUUUCCUUGAUGAUUCCUUCCGGAAGAACUUGGAAUCGGCACUCCGUUUCGGAAACCCCUUACUUGUACAGGACGUUGAGAACUACGAUCCUAUUCUAAAUCCGGUAUUAAACCGAGAGCUGCGUCGCACGGGCGGCCGCGUGCUGAUCACGCUCGGAGACCAGGACAUCGAUCUAAGUCCGUCAUUCGUCAUCUUCCUCAGUACAAGAGAUCCGACUGUGGAGUUCCCUCCGGACAUGUGCUCGCGAGUGACGUUCGUUAACUUCACCGUCACCCGCUCGUCGCUGCAGUCGCAGUGUCUGCACAGAGUACUCAAGGCGGAGCGACCUGACAUCGACGCCAAGCGAUCCGACUUACUCAAACUGCAAGGCGAAUUCCACCUCCGUUUACGUCAACUUGAAAAGUCGCUUCUACAAGCUCUCAACGACGCUAAAGGAAAGAUCUUGGAUGAUGACUCUGUAAUCGCGACAUUGGAAACCUUGAAGAAGGAAGCCGAUGAUAUUGGACAAAAGGUUGAAGAAACUGAUAAAGUGAUUGCUGAGAUAGAGACUGUGAGUCAGCAGUACUUACCGUUAUCACAAGCAUGCAGCAGCAUCUACUUCACAAUGGAUUCCCUCAACCAGAUCCACUUCUUGUAUCAAUACUCGUUGAAGAUGUUCCUGGACAUAUUCAGCUCCGUGCUGAUAUGUCCGUUGCUGAACGGCGUUACCGACUAUACGGCGAGGCUUAAAAUCAUUACCGAAGAACUGUUCGCGGUCGUGUAUGAGCGUGUAGCCCGUGGUAUGUUGCACACGGACAGACUCACUUUCGCGCUGCUGCUGUGCCGCAUACAUCUGAAGGGCACGGGAGCCGAGGAUACCCUAGAGCAGUCGUUCCCGGUGUUCUUGCGAGGCAAGGAAGGGUUCGUCUCUCAGACUGCGCCUUCGGAACCGCUCACGCAUCAGCAGCACGAUGCCGCCGCCAGACUCAGUUCCAGGUUGGGAGUGUUCCGUCGUCUGCUGGAGAAGGCUGGCGAGCUGCCGGAGCUGUCGGCGUGGCUGUCGCAGGCGGCGCCCGAGCAGUGCGUGCCCACGCUGUGGGACUCCGAGCCCGCCGCGCCGCCCGCGCCGCACUCGCUCGCCAUGUACCGCCUGCUGCUCAUACAGGCGUUCCGACCAGACCGUGUGAUCGCUGCGGCCACACAACUAGCAGCGGCUGUCCUCGGCGCCGGAUUCAUGGCUAAAGCAGAGACCGAGCUGGAUCUCGCGUCCAUUACCGAAACUCAACUGAACGCGACCACGCCGGCCAUACUGUGCUCCGUGCCCGGAUAUGACGCUAGUGGUCGCGUGGAUGAUAUGGCGACUGAAUUGAACAAGCCUUUAUCGAGUAUCGCCAUCGGAUCUGCUGAAGGAUUCAAUCAAGCUGAGCGAGCGAUUAACACUGCUUGCAAAACCGGACGCUGGGUGAUGCUGAAGAACGUGCAUCUCGCCCCGGUGUGGCUGGUGCAGCUGGAGAAGAAACUCCACUCGCUGCAACCCCACCCGAACUUCCGGCUGUUCCUCACGACGGAGAUCAACCCGAAACUGCCGGUGAACCUGCUGCGGGCCGGACGAGUGCUGGUCUUCGAACCGCCACCCGGCAUCCGCGCUAACCUGCUCAGGACUUUUGUCACUGUACCGGCAGCUCGAAUGAUGAAACCACCAUCAGAACGUGCCAGACUUUAUUUCUUGCUGGCUUGGUUCCACGGUAUUGUUCAGGAGCGUCUGCGCUACGUGCCGCUCGGCUGGGCCAAGUACUACGAGUUCAACGAGUCGGACCUGCGCGUCGCGUGCGAUACUCUCGACACGUGGAUCGACGCCACUGCCAUGGGCCGAACCAAUCUUCCUCCCGAGAAAGUGCCGUGGGAAGCUUUAGUUACGCUUCUGUCACAAUGUAUAUACGGAGGGAAAAUUGACAACUUGUUCGACCAACGUCUGCUGCAGUCGUUCCUGUCCAAACUGUUCACGCCUAAAUCGUUUGAAGCCGAUUUCGCCCUUGUAGCUAAUGUUGAUGGGGCUACUGGCAAUCAGCGUCACAUCACGAUGCCCGACGGUAACCGUCGUGACAACUUCCUGAAAUGGAUCGAAGAACUAUCGGAUCGACAAACACCGUCCUGGCUCGGACUACCCAACAACGCUGAGAAGGUGCUGCUGACUACACAAGGCAGCGACCUUGUAUCGAAAUUAUUGAAAAUGCAACAACUUGAAGAUGAAGAAGAGCUGGCCUAUAGUGCUGCCACUCAGGACAACGACGCCAGUUCGGUUGUACUUGGUGAUGGCAGACCUGCCUGGAUGAAAAUUUUACAUCAAACAGCAGCGAACUGGCUGCAACUACUGCCUAAAGAACUUCCGACUCUUCGCCGUACAGUGGAGAAUAUCAAAGAUCCUUUGUACCGGUUCUUCGAACGUGAGGUCGCUGCCGGAGCGUCUCUGUUGCAGCAAGUACUGCACGAUCUGCGCAACGUUAUGUUAAUUUGUCAGAGCGAAAUGAAACAAACAAACGAGACUCGUGCGAUGGUGGGGUCCCUGGUGCGCGGCAUGCUGCCCGCCUCGUGGCGCCGCUACGCCGUGGCCCGCGGCUGCACGGUGCAGCAGUGGAUCGGAGACUUUGCACAGAGGGUCACACAGCUGGCCGAGGUGGCAGAUGCAGUCGCUGCUAAGAGGUUGCAGAAUGUCCCAGUGUGGCUCGGUGGACUGCUGAACCCUGAAGCUUAUAUCACAGCUACCCGCCAAUGCGUCGCACAAGCUAACUCGUGGUCUUUAGAAGAAUUACAUUUGCAGGUGACAAUACCCGACCCCGGAACACCAACUGAGAAUGCUCAAACUGAAUGGUCGUUCUCUGUAACUGGUUUAAAACUGCAGGGAGCCACUGUCAAAGGAAAUCGGUUAUUACUGACAAACACUAUCAUGGUAGACCUGCCGCUGACUGUGCUCACUUGGGUUCGCGGUCCGGAGCCCGCGUCCAAUUCUCACACGCUGACUCUCCCCGUGUACCUGAAUAGCGCCCGCACGGAGCUGCUGUUCACGGUGCGGCUGCCCGUCGCGCCCGGACAGGAACCGCACGCGUUCUACGAGCGAGGAGUCGCCCUGCUCACUUCUACUGCUCUCAACUAAAUUAUACAUUACUAGCGACCCGCCCACGCUUCGCUUCCGAAACUGUAUUUAAUGGAUGUUAUUAUACAUAUAAAACUUCCUCUUCAAUCACUGUCUAUUAAAAAAAAAACCGCAUCAAAAUCCGUUGCGUAGUUCUAAAGAUUUAAGCAUGCAUAGGGAUAUAGGGACAGAGAAACCGACUUUGUUUUAUACUAUGUAGUGAUUUAGAACGCAAAAUAAUUCGUCACAUUUAUUCGCUUAUUUCACGGCGAAGUUUAUAUUAAUCACUUAACUGUUCCUCAAACAAAGCUUAUUUAUUAGAAACAUGAAUCGAAUAAAAUGCUUAUAAUAAGAAUACCGUGUUAGUGAAAUGGAACCAGUGUCCAAAAAUAUAUACCCAUUGUUAUUUAUAAAGUCGUAACAUUCACAUUUAUGUCUCUAGAUAUAAAAUCACUUAUCGAUCACAUAACGUAACUAAAAAUAAAAUCCUAAUAAAACACAAUAAAAAAUA